GCCUUUAGUAUAUGAGACCGAGAAAUUGUACUUGGGAUAUUUGUAAUGGAAAAAGAUCAUAAAUUACAUACGGCUAAUGAAUCCCCAAAGUUUUUAAAAAGCGUGCUCGUGUCUGUGCUGUCUGGCGGUACAGGUGCGUCUCUUAGUAGAACUGUAACCAGUCCUUUGGAACGGAUGAAAAUUAUCUUUCAAGUUCAAAGUAAUAAUGAGUAUAAUAGCAUAUUUUCUACAGUUUCCAAAAUAUGGAAACGGGAAGGCAUUCUUGGAUUUUUUCGCGGAAAUGGAACGAAUUGCUUACGGGCAUUUCCUUACGGCGCAGUUCAAUUUGCUACUUACAGUGGAUUAAAACAACUCACAUUGCAAACCUCCAGUAGAAAUGAUUUGAACAAUUAUGAGAGACUAGUUUUUGGUGCCAUUUCAGGAGUUAGCAGUGUCGUUAGCACCUAUCCGUUGGAUAUUGCUAGAACAAGGCUUUCAAUACAGACAGCAGGUUUAGUCAAAGUUAGCAUGAAUGAUGGUUGUAAUACACAUUCAGCGAAUCUCAUGUCUACUUUGAGAACCAUUUAUCGUAAUGAAGGAGGAAUUGCUGCAUUAUAUAGUGGUCUUCCCGCAACUUUACUCAAUGUAGUGCCUUAUGUAUCUAUCGUAUUUUUCACAUAUGAAUGGUGCAAAGAGUAUUUUUUUUCCGGACGGGAUCUUAAUGUCUUAGAAAAACUCUCUCUCGGCGGGUUUAGUGGAUUUGUUGCUCAGACAUUUGCUUUUCCGGCUGACGUUCUUCGACGAAGAUUCCAAGUAAACCGAAUACCUGGCAUUGGAUACCAUUAUACAAGUAUACCAGACGCAAUUGUGAAAAUUUACAGCAAGGAAGGCUUGUUUGGUUUCUUCCGGGGAUACUUCAGUAAUUUGUUGAAAAUUAUCCCCGUGAUGAGUAUUACUUGGUAUACCUUUGAAACGGUGAAUAAGGUAUUUUCAAACCUGUAAGAAAAGAUAUGCUGUAACUAUUAACGAUCUAAUUCUCUUGCUACACGCAACAACUCUUCGCUUUAAUGAUUAUAAUCGUAAAACAUUUUUUUUUAAGAAUAAGUCUUGAUU